AUGUUCACCACACCCCGGAAAUCCGGUACUAGUUCCACCUGGAAUACUCCCAAGAAGGUCCCAUUGAAUGGCCUCUUCGAAGAUGGAAUCUGGCACUGCAAUUGCAGUUCCCGCCUCCCAGCGUCGCACUUUCAAGUGAAAAAGGAGGGCCCAAACAAAGGAAAAUGGUUCUAUACCUGUCAAGAACCCAAGGGGCGCCAAUGUGGGUUUUUCUUAUGGGACGAUAAAGCUGUGGGAAGGGAAAUGCGAGCAGUACUGAAUAAUUCUCGAUCCAAGCCCGACGAGCCAAGCACCCCCGUCGAUCCAUCGAAGGACAUGAGGCCAAUGGAGGGACAUUCUGCUGCUAGGAACAAAUUCAUGCAAGGCCAAGUAAAGACGGAGGAAGAUGAGUUUGGGGAUUGGCCGCUCUCUGUUGCAGAUGAGGUAGAUGUAGUAGAGCGUGCGUCUACUCCUCAAUCCUCGAACCCGGAGACUCCCCGAAAGGCCAUCAAGACUAGUCAAUUUGCGACUCCUGGCAGCAAGAGGAAAUGGGAUGAUACAAAUCUACCAACUCCGAUGACAGAAGGGGGAAAUCGCUCCGGAUUUUCUAAUGCAAGGGGAGAUGUUUUCACUACACCAUCCUCAAUAUUCAAAGAAAACAUGCUGUUUGGGCUUCGAAGUCCUUCUGCGACACCUACGCCGAGUAGGUUUCGAGACACUACACUCCCUGCUAGCAGUCAUGGAGAAGCCCCGCAACCCAGCUACGAUAUUACUGAUGAAGUGAUGGACCUCCUCAAGGAUCAGCAAAUCGACAAAGAAACAGCCACCAGUUUACGCCAGCUUUUGGAUAGACACGCUCUCAAGGUCUCCGGCAUUGCCAGAGGACGUGAUAUUACACGGGUUGCCUUGAAGGCUAAAGACGCGAAGAUUACGGAUCUGCAGCAGAAGGUCGCUGCCCUAGAGUCAGAACGCGAAAUGGAUAAGACGAUUAUUAAACAUCUCAAGGGUGACAUCGCGCAGAGUGUUGCUGAUAGGCGUGGAAAAGGACGAGGGAGAUAA